AUGGCGCACGAGCACGAAUUCCCCGAGAUCCAGGGCGGCGGGUCGCUGAUCCUGGCCUGGCAGAUUCGCAACAAGCGCGUGUUGGUCGUGGGCGGUGGCGAAGUCGCUGCCGGGCGCAUCGUGAACGUCCUCAACGCCGACGCCAAAGUCACCGUCGUCUCCCCGCGCGAUGGUCUGAACCCAGAAGUUGCCUACCGAAUUGAGCAGAAGCAGGUGGACUAUGUCGACCGCAAGUUCGAGCCCUCGGACUUGGACGGUGCCGACAUGGUCAUGACCGCCGUGGACGAUCCCGAGGCCUCAACUCAGAUCUGGAAGCUGUGCAAGGAGCGGAGGAUAGCAGCCAACAUUGCCGACGUGCCGCCCGAGUGCGACUUCUACUUUGGCAGCGUGCAUCGCGACGGGCCGCUCCAGAUCAUGGUCAGCACAAACGGAAGAGGGCCCCGGCUGGCGAACAUUGUUAGGCGGCAGAUUGCUGCAAACCUGCCUCCGAACAUCGGCCAGGCUAUCACGAGAGUCGGUAUGCUGCGCAAGAAGCUGCGGCAGGUGGCGCCCGACAUCUCAGAGGGUCCAAAGCGAAUGGCCUGGAUGAUCAAAGUCAGUGACUCGUACUCGCUCGAGGACCUCUGCUCCAUGUCUGAGACCGAUAUGGAGCAGCUCUUGGGCUACUACAAGCCCAACACUGUACCUAGUCUAGACCUGCUCCGGCUGCAAGAGCCAGACGGUGCUUUUGAUGGGCCAUUCCUUAUAUAAAAGCUCACAUGG